CGCGAAUUUCAUACAUACAUAUAUAUACAUACAUAACUUAUUUUUAACAUUUUUUCGACCGUGAUGUGCAUUUUCUCUCAUAGUUUUGUGCUUAACCAUGUAAAAUAUAAUUAGCCCGUAGUGUAUAAACAAUAAGAACUAGUGCAAGUAAAGUAAACAUAAUGCCCGCAAAGUAUCUAAACCAUUAAUGUAAAAACGAUAAUCGAUUUCUUAAUAUUAACCACCCAAAACUGUUAAAUUAUAAUCACCAUAGAAAUUAGACGAGCGAUCAAGACACGGACCUGUAGAAGCCACACAUGCAUGAGUGACCACAAACCGUAGGAGACCCCCAAAAAAACCAACCAGCAAACGAUGGCCGCCGAGAAGGAGAUGCAGGCCCACGACAUGGUUCGCCGUCGCAGUUGGGCCCGUGCCGUGGCUCUGUACGACCAGCUGAUUGCCCCCAAUCCCGGCCAGGGGGGAGGAUCGAGGGCCCAGAAGGACCAGCAGAUCGCCUGCCUCCUGGGCCGAUGCGAGUGCCUCCUGGAGCUGGGAAAGUUCGAGGGCUGCCUGGCGGAUGCCUACAAGGUGCUCACGCUGCUCUCCGAGCAAACCGAGUGCCUGGCCAGCGUUUCCAGGGCACGCCGAUGGCUCGUCCACGCCCUCUUCAAGAUGCACAAGUACGGGGAUGCUGAGAUCUUUCUGAGCAAGUGGAUUAACGAGCUGAGCGGCCAGCAGAUAUACUCGGACAUAUCCAAGACCCUUGAGCGUUACAAGUCCAUCAUACAGAUGAUCAUGAAUGGGCAACACAAGGCGCAGGCUUUGAAGAUCCCGCAUGCCCGACUCGAGGACGAGAUGGCCAUACUGGACACCAAGUUGGAUCAUUGGGCCACAAACAACCUGCCGCUGGACAAGUACAGCAAGCUGCUCAGCAACAAGGGCUUGAAGAAGCGCGAGCAGCAACAGCAACAGCAGCAGCAGCAACAACAGCAACAGCAGCAGCAGCAACAGAAUGGCAAUGGAAUCGGCAGCUAUGCAAGCAGCAGCAGUAGCUCCUCCACCGGCAGCAGCAGCACGAUGUCCAGCUCAAGCACAAGUCUCCACAAGACCAACGAUCUGCUGGCGGCCAUGAAGCUCACAGCCGGCAAGCACCAGACGGGAUCAGCGGACGGUUCAGGCUCGGAUCAAGGCGAUCAGACGGCCCCGUCGACAACCUGUAGCUACUGCACCAUCACCUUCCAGACGCGGAACGAGCUGCGACAGCACUGCCAGACGGAGGCCCACCAGAAGGUGAUCAUGAGCGAUGAGGGCCGCGACUGGAAGUGGCGUCCGCCGCCCAGGGGCUACACGCUGGACACCUACUCCCUGUGCGAGACGUUCAGCGAGGCGCACACCUGCCACUACGGCGCCCAGUGCGUGGAGGCCCAUGGCCAGGAUGAGCUGAACGAGUGGAAGGAGCGCUUCGAGUACCGGCGGAUGCGGAUGCAGAAGGCCUGCGAGAAGGAGCUCUACGGCAAGUCGUACACGGAGCAAGUGCUGGAGCGAUGGAUCCAGGCCACGGCACCCGAGCGAAUCAUGUGCGAACGGGUGCCGGAGAUGGAGGCGCGUUGCGAGCAGCAGUUGGUCACCAGCAUCGCCUCGAAGACCUCCAAGCGGGAGUGGCUCUUUCAGCUGGAGACGAAAAGGCCCUUGAAAGCAGUGGCCCUUCUUCAGGAUGCCCAUCGCAAUCACUUUGCACUCAAGUCUAUAAAGAUGUGCAAGCCAACGGAGUCCGGGAUGGAGCUCAAAUCGGAUCAGGAGUGGGUAGCAGCUCAAACGGAGAGCACCGGCGAGGAAGCGGCCACCUGGAACCACGAAAUCACAGUAGAGUUUCACACCGAAAUCUAUGGAACCUUUCGCCAAGCCAUCUGCUUCGAUGUGGGCCAGGAACCUUUGCUCGUGCGGCAUCUCUGCGUAGAUGUGUUGCCCGUGAACGAUGCGGAGAAGAUCGAGGAGAUCAAAAGGGACAUAAUCAACAGUUCUGCCACCCGAUGGGAUGUGGCCAAUACGCAGCUGACACGUUUUGAAACCACAAUAGGCACCCAUCUGAAGACGGAGGCGUAUCUCAGCGAUCUGGAGCACGAGCGGGAGCUGCUGGAGAGGUAUCCAUGCCCCAGGGCGGCCACCUUUACGCUGACCCAGUCGACGAUUGUGGAGAAGCGGCUGACGCAGAACAACUACCGAUCGCGCAUCCAUGAGCUGCUGUCCGUGGAGGAGAUUGCCCGCUACGAGCAGAUAGCCAGGUAUAAUGUGAGAACUCGGCUCACAGUGGCAUCGAAUUAUAUUCUCACCCCAGCGGGAAUGGCCACCAGUACGGCGAAAUAUUCCCUGGCCGGUGAACUGUUUGCUCUAAUGCGUUUGGGCAAGGAUAUCUCGGAGGACACAUCCCCAGGACGUUUGAUACUCUCCAACUGCAGCAGUGUGUAUAUCUCGAAGCCAGAGGAACCGGAUGCCAAAGCGGAUCCAUCGAAUCGCGCCGUUUACGAGGCGCUGAUCGAGGACAAGGGCAAAAAUGUGAUUUACUUGAAGCUAUCAGCGAAAUGCGUGGAGGCAAUGGCUCUGCAGGCGGACACCGAACUGGAGGUGGAUAUACAAUUCCAGCUGAAUCGAAUGCCCUACUGCGAGUGGCACAAUGCAGUGGAUAAGAUCACCGAUUUCCGGCUCAUCUUUCCGGCCACCGAACUGGAACCGAGUAUUCCCUGGACACCCAAGAAGCAGUGGGCCGAUGCCUGUGAGCCCAAGUUGAAUGCCAAGCAAAGGGAGGCGGUGAAUGCCAUCACCACGGCGCUAAGCAUUAAGUUGCCGCCCAUUCUGCUGAUUGGACCCUUUGGCACGGGAAAGACCUACACACUGGCGCAGGCCAUCAAGCAACUGUUGGCGCAACCGGAGGCCAAGAUCCUGAUCUGCACGCACUCGAAUUCGGCCGCCGAUCUGUACAUCAAGGAGUACCUGCAUCCGUGGAUCGAGGAGGGCCUGGAGGAGGCCACACCGCUGCGUGUUUACUACCACAAAAGGUGGUCGGCCACCGUGAAUAGUGUGGUGCAAAAGUACUGCAUCACCGAUGGCGUGGGCAACUUCAAGCGGCCCACGGUGGAGGACAUCAUGCGGCAUAGAAUAGUCGUCGUUACCCUGAGCAUCAGCAUGGAAUUGGCCACUUUGGGCCUGCCCAAGGGUUUAUUUACCCACAUCUUCCUGGACGAGGCGGCUCAGGCCAUGGAAUGCGAGGCCAUUAUGCCGCUCGCGCUGGCAAAUGAUUCUACAAGGAUCGUUUUGGCCGGAGAUCACAUGCAGAUGAGUCCGGAGCUCUUCUCCGCCUUUGCCAAGGAACGCAAGCUGCAUAUUUCGCUUCUGGAACGGCUGUACGAUCACUAUCCCUCCAACUUUCCCUGCAAGAUUCUGCUGUGCGAGAAUUAUCGAGCACACGAGGCCAUCAUCCGUUUCACCUCGGAGCUUUUCUACGAACAAAAGCUGGUGGCUUCUGGGAAACAACCAAGGCACGAGCGGUUUUAUCCUCUGACCUUCUUUACCACGCGAGGAGAGGAUGUUCAGGAUAAAAACUCAACUGCUUUUUACAAUAAUGCCGAGGUUUACGAGGUGGUGGAAAGGGUUUCCGAGCUGCGGAAGCGCUGGCCAAGUGCCUGGGGUAAACUGAACGAUACGAGCAUCGGGAUAAUGACUCCCUACGCGGAUCAGGUGUUUCGCAUACGUUCGGAGCUGAGGAAACGCCGCAUGGGCGGAAUAUCGGUGGAGCGAGUGCUCAAUGUGCAGGGCAAACAGUUUCGAGCGGUGUUCCUUUCGACGGUGCGAACUAGGCGCACCUGCAUGCCCCAAGGAAGCGCGCCGGGAGCAGCCUCCUCGGCCAGCAUUGGCGAUGCCGAUACGGACUAUGGGUUCCUGAGCAACUCGAAGCUCCUCAACACUGCAAUUACGAGAGCUCAAUCGCUGGUCGCUGUGGUGGGUGAUCCCGUGGCCCUGUGCUCCAUUGGCCGCUGCCGAAAGGUGUGGGAGCGCUUCAUCGAGAUCUGCGACGAGCACAAGUCUCUGUUUGGCCUGACCUGGUCCAAUCUGCGCUCGCAAUUGGAUGGCGUGGAGCUGAAGCGUGGCUAUGUGCUGAAUCCCCUGGCGCCGGAAUUUGUGCCACGUUCCCUGCAACCGGAGGCGUAUCUGCGGGAGCAGGCUGCUUUGUAUCUAAAUGGACCACAGCAUGGUGGCCAUGGUGGUCAUGGGCCACCUGGUCCUCCUCCCCAUUUCGCCACUGCAGCUGGGAUGCUGGGUCCCGGACCGGCGGCGGCCACUGCCCACCAGAUGAAUCAAAUGGCCGCCGCCAUGGCCAAUCAGCAGAUCAUCAAUAGCUCCAUCAACAUGUACUCCACCCAAUGGGCGGCGAUGAUGGCCGCUGCAGCAGCCGUGGGUGGCAAGUCUGGAAAUGGUCCUGGACCAGGAAGUGGAGGAGGAGGAGGACCCGGUCCUGGGCCAGGACCACCUCCACACUUUGGAGGCGGCGGCGGUAAUGGACACAUGGGAAUGCGAGGACCACCGGCGCCGCAUUUGCGGGGAAUGCCACCCGGUGGACCGCCGCCACCCGCACAGCCGCCAGGCGGAGGAGGAGGAGGAGGAGGUGGUCCACCACCACCCUAUGGACAAUAUCCAGCCAUGCAGCACUGGCGGCCGCCGCAGCAGGGACAAAAUCAACAGCAGCAACAGAAUCCGAAUGCCAGUCUGUGGGGCCCGCCGCCGCAAACGAAUCCCUGGAGUGUGCUGCCGCCCAGCAAGCAGCCACAGCCGCCGCAGCCGCCGCCGGUGAGUGCACCUGGACGCGGACCAGGUCCCUUGCCACCGCCGCCACUCAAUGCCAAUCCUUCGCUGCCCCUGAGAGGUGGCAGUGUGCCGCCACCGCCGCCAAACGGUGGAGCCGCCGCGCAGCUACUGAGGAAUCCCAGCGAACUGGGCUAUCUGGCCAAGAAGACUUUGUACAACCAUGGCCAGGCGCCGCCGCAUCAUCAGCUCUAUGGGCCAGGACCACCGCCGCCGCCAUCGCAGCAGCAGCAGCAGCAACCACAACCACCGAUGGGAAUGCAGCGGGGCAGCAGUGUGCCGAAUGGACCCAUGUCGCCCAUGGAGAACGGACCACCGCCGCCUCCUUAUCUGCGGCACAAUGGAAGUGGCUACAAUCCUGGAGCACCGCCACCGCCGCCGCAGCAGCAGCAGCAACAGCAGCAGCCACCGCCACCCAAUCCUUUUAUGUAUGCCGGCAAGCAACCCUCGCCGAGUUCCAUGCGUUUUGGUCCACUGACCCACGAGCUGCUGCCGCCCAAUGUGAGCAUCUAUGAAAUGGCUUUCAAUCCCAAGGAAGAGCAGUACAAGUGGUACCUUAAGCUACUCGAAACUGUGGGUCAGGAGGGAGCCAACAAGUUUGCGGACAUGCUGCGCCAGGUGAUGGCCACGCUGCAGCAACAGCAGCAGCACAAGCCGCCGCAGCAGCAGAUGGUCAACAAUCCGAUGCUCAACAAUCCGCAUGUGCAACGACCGCAGUAUCCCAUGAUGUAUCCACAGAAUCAACAGCAGCAGCAGCAGCAGCCGCCGCAGCAAUCAGUGGACGCCUCACCGCCGCUAGAAAACUUCAAUCAGCAGAUCGACUUGGUCUUCAACUCGAUUAUGAACGGAGCCAAUGACAUAGCACAGCCCAUACUGCGAGAUGUUCUGGGAAUGGUGGCUGGCACGGGAAAUCCUGCUGGUCCACCACUUAGCAAUGGUUUGAACGGAGCGGAUCUACAGCAGCAACAGCAACAGCAGAGCCGUCUGUUUGCCAUGAUGCAGCAGCAGCAACAGCAGCAGCAGCAACAACAGCAGCAACAACAGCAGGCGAAGCCUCCUCCAGGUCCCGGGCCACUGUAUCCCAAUCAUUUGGGACCUGGUCUGCAUCAGGCGCCGCCCAAUGGCGGUGGGAAUAACCUAGGCGGCAUUGGAAACACCAACUUUAUGGGAAAUGCUGGCAAUGCUCUGCUGAAUGACAAGCCCUACAACAACCUGAACAUGCACAACAACGUGGGCGUGAACAACGCAGGCAUCGGCGGUCACAACAACAAUAACAACAACAACAAUGGAAUGCUGAGCAAUGGCAACAACUCGGUGCCGCUGUAUAGAAGACAAGCGCUCGCAGGGAAUGGAAUUGGAGGCGGAAACGGCGGCUACAACAACAUGCAUGGAAUGGACGCUGGGGCCAAUUUGAUAGAGGCACUCUUUCAGGCCAACAACUCGGUGGUGGAUCACUCGGUCAAGUCAUCGGAUCACAUGCACGGCCUGCUGUACAACAAUUUUAAUACGCUGAAGGGCGGCGGCCACGACGUGGAUCUGUUUCAGGCCAUGGCGCCCAGUGUGCCGCACUCGGAGGCGGCCAAUCAUCACCAGCAGUCCUCCGGCUCGUCGGCGGCAACCACAUAUGCGGCUGUGCUGAGCCAGGGACCCCAGGCGGUGGUUGGCGGAGGAGGCGGACCUCCCUCGGGACAGUCGCAGGCGCAGGUGGGCGUGGCAGGAGCGGGGGCGGGCGGAGGAGGAAAAGGCGCGCAAGCCGGAAGCGAUCUCCUCGAGAAGGAUCCGUUUGCGGCCAUCCGGGAAUUGGGACAGGCCACGACCGGAUUCUACAACUACUUUCAGUGAGAUGCACAUCUCCUGCUGUGGCAUCAAAGGGUCUUAAUCUAAAAACGAAAAGCAAAAAAACAAAAAAAACAACAAACAAAAAAAAAAACAGAAAAUUAACAACAAAAAAAAAAUUGCAAAAUUCUUAGCUGAACAAAAAAAAACGUAAAAAAUGCCCCAGACAAUGGGAAAAACGGAAGAGAAAAACGAAAAAGAACUGCUUCUUAAUUAUAGUUGCCCCUAUCCUUAUUUUUGCUUUCAUUUAAAUUGCAAAUUAUUUAAUUACGGUAGCCUUAAGUUGAACGUGUGAAUUAUUAUAAUUAAUUAAUAAUAUACAUACAUACCUAUUUAGUUAAUGUUUAGUGGUUACUAAAGCUCGCCCAAAUGCCGCAGCAGGAACUGGUUGAAGUUCACCCCCCUGACCUCCCGCCCCGCCCCUUUGUUACGCCCCUCAAAAGCCCAAGGACGUCUCAGGCGCCUCCAUCGGUUCGCAGCAUCCAACGGGUUGCUCUGAGCAGCCCCGAAAAAAUAAAUAUAAACGCCUACACAAGAAAACCUUAUCGAUAGACUCUUGAAACAUACAAAAAAAAAAAGUAAGAAAAAAGUUAAAAAAAAAACAAACAAACACAUUUAAAACCCACAAAAAAAUGAAAUUAUUAUGUAAUAACUAUAAACUGCAAAAUGCAUAGUUAGCUUUAGAUGUAAGAUUAUUCAAAAAAAAAAAAAAAAAAUUGUAUUGUACAUUUUUUCUAUUUUUAGUGCGUAGCCUAUAUGCUACGUAAACCCUCGGUUCGUUUCUACCUUUAAUUUCUCAGUUAUAAAUUUCGAUUUUGUACAGGAGUUGACUAUUUAAAACAAAACAAAAAAAAAACAACAAAUAUUAACAAAACCCAUUAAAACUGAAAAUUUGUCACGCACUCAAAUACAUAAAUUAUUAUCCUUAUUAACUGUAACUUCAGAUUAUAUACCUAUUAUAUAUAUUUAAUGGCUAUAAGGGAUAUGAACAUUUUUGUGUGCGAAUUAAACAUACUUACCUACAUACGAACAUAUAUAUAAUAUGCAUAUAAAUAUUUAAAUUUGUGCACGAGUUAUUUGUUCCUUUGCCCAUCAAAAAUUGUCGAUGCGUGUGUAAAUUAUAUUACUAUUGUUGGCCGCCCCCGAAUUUGCAGCAAUCGCCCCGAAAUCCCCGAAUCCCCAAAAAAUCCCCACCCCCCACUCAUCGUUUAGUCCGUUCUGACGACUGGUAAAUGUAAAACAUACAAAAGAGAAAUGCAAACAAAAAAUAUAAGAAUUUUUCGAUAAGAGUAUUUAACCGAUCUUUGAGUUUUAUCGUAGUAUUUUGGCUAGCGACUUGGAUAGCAUAAACAUAUUAACUUUAUAUAACUGUAAUUAUUUAACCAAUGUAUCGCGUAACAAACUAAAAAGCGGAAAGAAAAAAGAACGAAAAUUACAUUUAAUAAACAAGAAAUUGUACUUUUAAUAACCCCCCUCCACUCAUGUCAUUUGUUAAACGAUCUUCUAGGAAAUACAUUGCAUACCUACACGAA